UGAAAACUGAAAAUCAUAAUUCAUCGUUAGCUUCUUGCAUCUUCGGCAAUCGACAUGGACACGUCCACCGACGAAAUCAUCAAAGAAGUCCCCGGUUUGGUUCGUAUAUUCAAAGGCGGUCGAAUCCAGAAACUUUACGUUCCCAAUAUUGUUCCCGCCGGCACCGAUCCUUCCUCCGGCGUCAUUUCAAAAGACGUCGUGAUUUCACAGGAAGUCAACAUCUCUGCUAGGCUUUACAUCCCAAACCCCACAAAAUCCAACCAAAAACUCCCGCUUUUAAUCUUCUUUCACGGCGGUGGAUUCGUCAUCGAAACCACCACCUCCUCCAUGUACCACAACUUCCUUAACCUCGUCGUUUCAGAAUCCAAUGUCGUCGCCGUCUCCGUCGACUACAGACUAGCGCCGGAGUUUCCCCUCCCGAUCGCCUAUGAAGACUCAUGGGAAGCGAUCAAGUGGGUCGCGGAGCAUGUCAACGGAAAUGGUCCAGAGCCGUGGUUGAACGAAUACGCCGAUCUUCAAAACAUCUUCAUCGCCGGCGACAGUGCCGGAGGUAAUAUAGCCCACCACAUGGCGAUCCGGGUCGGAUCGGAUACCCCAUCCGGUUUAAGUUUCCAGGGUGCUAUCUUGCUUCACCCGUAUUUCUGGGGGAAAGAACGGGUGGGUGACGAGUCCGAUUGGAUUAAACCCGAAAUGGUUGCUUAUUUGGAUGGCUUGUGGGCAUUUGCUCACCCGGGAAGUAGCGGACCGGAUGACCCGUUGAUUAACCCGGAUAUGGAUCCAAGAAUAACGGGUAUGGGUUGCUCCAAGAUGCUGGUUUGUAUCGGCGGAAAUGAUUUUAUGAGGGCUAGGGAUUGGAAUUACAAAGCCGUGAUUGAAAAAAGUGGAUGGAAAGGAAAAUUACAAGUGGCAGAGGACAAAGGGGAGGAACAUGUGUUUUUCCUACAAAAACCUUCUUCUGCAAAUGCUUGUACUUUACGAACUAGAAUUUGUUCAUUCAUCAAUCAGGCCUGAGAGAACGUAUUGUACACUGAAAUAAGAGACUUGAUCUGUAAAUAAUAGUUUUUAUCCAUACACAACAAUUGAUAUUUUAUAUAUAUAAUAUAUAAAUUGUUGUGUAUGACAAAAAAUUAUUAUGUACGAAUCACACCCUAAAAUAAAUAUAAAUGUUUCAUUUUAAAAUGUUUAUAUUUUUUAUGUACUUUUUGUUGAAUUUACAAAUUAAUCUUUUCAGAGGCAUCUAA